GUAAAUCGUCAACAGAGGACGUUUUCAAAAUGGCGAGACCCAUGAAAAAGUCUAAUGCUGGUAAGGGAAAGAAGCUAAGUGGCAUCAAGCGAGCCAACAUAGGAACCAAUAAACGUCUAAAGGAACGCCGUACCCAGAUCAGAUCCUCACAGGAAUCUCGCACUCAUAAACCAGGAGGAUUCGCAAAGAAUGAAAAACCCAAGAAUGGAAAACCCAAGAAGGCCAUGUUUGCCUUCGCCGCUGCACAAAAGGCAGGAUAUUUCACAAAUAAAAGAAUCAACUAUCAGUCUAAACCAUCGGAGAUUGAGGAGGAGAAAGAGAAAAGAAGGAGUGAUGGAGAAGACGAAGAUGAAGAUUUGGUAGGGGAAGAUAUGGAAGAGGAAGACAUGGAAUACAUUAAAUCUGUUGGAGGAAAAUCUUCCUUCCUUUCAAAUCUUGAAGACAGCGUGCCAGAUCCCUCGAAGUCUCGCAAGGGAAAGAGACAGGAGAAAGACAACAAGGUUGCGUCGUACGAGGAGCAGCCUCGGAUGGUGAAGAAUCAAGGUCAGACAGCUGCGAACAUGAAGCCCCUUCUGCCCAUCAAACAUCCAGGAGGUCUGGAGUAUAGAUGGCUGGAGAAAGAGAACAAGGAUGAUGAAGAAGAGGAAGAGGAGGUGGAUGAGGGAGGGGAAGGAGAGGAGGAGAUUGAGAUGGAGCAGGAGGAAGAAAAGACCAAGCUACCUGCCAAGAGCACCAUUCAGCUCUUCGCAGAGCGGCAGGAGAUGCUCAACCAGAAGAGGCAGCGUAUUGCAACCUUGUCCAGCUCGAUCGUGGAAGACCCUGAGAAAAAUGUAAACAAACUGAAGGAUCUGCGGAUCGUUCUGGAGGAGAGAGAGCCAAGCAUCAUGGUGACUACCAGGAAGCUGGCUAUGGUGUCCCUCGGUGAGGUGUUCAAAGACAUCGCUCCUGGAUACAGGAUCAGAGAAUGGGGAGAAAAGGCCAAAUCAUCUCAACCUAAGCUAAGUAAGGAAGCACAGGGGAAGAGAGAGUUUGAAGAAGGUUUGGUCACAAACUACAGGCUGUAUCUGGAGUUCCUUGAAAAGACUAUCAACGAUGUCCACAAGACGAAGGCUGAGCUGAAGAAAGCCAAGGAGAAGGAGGCUCAUAGGAACAAGCCCAGACUGCUUCUCCCGGACCAAGCUAAGAUCAGUCUGGCUGAGACGGCUACCAGAUGUCUGUGUUCUCUGCUCAAUGCUCUACCUCACUUCAACUUCAGGACCAACAUCAUCUCUGUUGUGUCUCACAAGAUGGCUAGUAAGCAUGACAAGAUUGCUAGCACGUGUUGCCAGAGCAUGAAACAGCUGUUUAGAAGAGACGCAACCGGAGAUGCCUCCCUAGAAGCCGUUCGUUUCAUUAGUCGUAUCGCCAGAAACAAUGGAUACCAAGUUUCCCCUGAGGUCCUGAACACUUUCUUAUCUCUGAGGAUCAAAGAGGUCAAGACAGGUCAUACAGCGGAAGAGAACAGGAAGAAGAUGCUACAGGAAAGGAAAGAGAGGUUCACACGCUAUUCACGCAAUCAGAAACGGUAUCAUAAGAAGUUGGAGAUUCUUGAGAAGGAGCUGCAGGCGACUGAGGCAUCUGAGAGCAAGAACAAGAAACUCAAAUUGCACACCGAGAUCGUCCAGCUAGUCUUUGCCACCUACUUUCGUAUCCUGAAGAGAGCAAGCCAUUCUAUAAUGCUGCCCUCAGUGCUGGAAGGUCUUGCAAAGUUUGCACAUCUCAUCAACGUGGAGUUCUUUGAUGACCUUAUUCAAGUUCUGCAUAGUCUUGUGGCGAAAGGGGAUCUGAAGUACAGAGAGUCUCUCCACUGUACACUGACAGCAUUCCAUAUCCUCUCAGGCCAGGGAGAUGUCCUCAACAUUGAUCCAAGCCACUUCUAUUCUCAUCUCUACGUCACACUACCUCUAGUCCAUGCCGGUAUGAGUAGUUACGAUGCUAAACUGGUCAGUGAUUGCCUGGAAGUGAUGAUCAGCAGAAGACGCAAGCAGAUCUCUGUCCAUAGAGUAAUGGGCUUCCUCAAGAGAAUGGCUACCCUAUCAACCCUUGCACUCCCCAAUGCAGCACUGGCUUAUAUGGGUGCCCUCAAGACAUUCAUGAAGUGGUACACCAAAACAGAUGUCCUUCUGGACAAUGAGAGUACAGGAAGCGGGAUAUUCAUGCCUGAAAUUGUAGAUCCUGAACAUAGCCACGCUCAGAACACAGCCUUAUGGGAGCUUACACUCAUGCAGGAUCACUAUCACCCUACCGUGAAGCACUAUGCUAAGUAUGUCGCCCUUGGAUGCCCACUGAAGGGAGAAGGUGUACCUGCUGUUCAACUCCUCAGAAUGGAUCCAAAGGAUAUAUUGAAGACAUACAGCUCAGAUGCCAUGAAGUUCAAUCCUCCUUUACCUCCGAAGCAUCCAGUCAUUAGCAAAAAGGCUCUCAAAACAUUGAGGUAUCACCGUUCCAAAGCUUCUAAAUCCUUCAUCCAAGAAGACUUCCAAGCCCUUGCUGAUCGCUGCGAUGAUGACGAUGCCACCCGGGAUGCUCUGGGUGCCGUGGAUUUCAGCUCCACUUUCAGCUCAACUUCCAGCUCCACUUUCACACAGGAGAUGGAUUCUGAAGAUUCUGAAGAUAGUGAAAGUGAUGUUACUCAAAGGACAAAGAGGACUCUGGAGGUAGCAAGCGAGGAGAAUGUUAAAGAUGUUGUGAAUAAAGAACAGAAGGAGGGAGAGCAAAUAAAUGGAACAAGGACUAAGAAAAUGAAAAGAAUGAAGAAACGUUGAUCUAAAAAACUUGAAUGUGAAUUGUAGUAUGAAAAGAGAUUGUUACAGACAAAGAUAACACUGAUAGCAAGUACAGAUAACAUUCAAGAUGCUGCAAGCAAUGAAAAGAAAGAGAGAGAGAGAGAGAGAGAGAGAGAGAAAAGAGACAGACAGACAAAGAGAGAGAGGGAGAGGGAGAGAGAGAUAGCAAAUGAAUAGAACAAGGACUAAGAAAAUGAAGAAGACAAAGUAUCCUUGACUUCAAGGAACCCUAGAGUGAACCAUAGUGAAAGUAUGAAGCGGAAAAGCCUAUCUUAUCAACUGGCCUGGGUCAUGUCAUGUAAAUGAUCAGAGAGAGGGCUUCUGAAUGGUUGCUUAACAUCAUUAUUGUGGGCUAUCUGGUAGAGUGGUUCAUCUUCAAAUCUAUUAUCAUGCAGGAUUGGGUCUGAGUACUGUGAAACCAUUUUAACCAUAUAAAGGCAUUUUGAUGCCGAAAUGGGUUGUUGGAAUGAGAAGUUUAUUAGAGGAAUUUUCUGGAAAUGCUUGGUAGAGGUGUACAUUAAUUCAUGUUCUUGACUUUCGAUCAAGAGGUUGAGGGUUAUAUAACCCUAGCCUUCUUUGGUAGCACAAUAAUGUAGAUUUGCCAUCACUUAUCACUACUAGUACUUCUAUCAUUUUUACAAUUCAUAGCUUAUAGUACAGUGGCACCGGAUUAUAACAAACUCCUGAGAACUAAGGAAUUUACUUUGUUAUAUCAAAACCUUGUAUUAUCAGGGCAAAGUAAAACCAAUUGAAGAAGUGGGACUGGCAAAAUUACCAUUUUAUAACACAAGAUCGUCACAGCAGCGUUUUUAUAACAAAGGCCACUGUAUUAUCAGUAAGAUAUUUUUGGUUUCCAAUUCACAUAAUAUUAUCGCCAAGAAGUUUUGAUUUGUCAUGUUGACUUGAGAAAUGUUGUCUUGCGCCACCUUAAUUAUGGGUAUAAAUGUCCUUGUAAAAUAUCUGCAGAGAGAGAAAUUUCUUAUGAGUUUCCCACUGGAAGAGGAAGAAGUUUGGAGAAAACUUAUCAUUAAAAUGUGCAUAAUUGUAAUUACAACCAGGUAUUGAUUCAUUGUUUGAGACAGAAAAUAGACCAGAUUUGUACACCUUUUAUUUCUUUUACAGCAGCAUAUUCGUGUACAACAAAAUUAUGAAUUCUGAUUAUUGAUUCUGCCAACUACCAGACUGACCAUCCUAUCUCAGCUGUCGCACUAUCAAGAUCGUAAGCUGGCCAACUCUCUUAUUUAAUGCAUAUCCCACAAAUGGAACUGCCACCAGUAUACAUGGAAAUCUGUACUCGGUAGGCAGUCCAGGAUUUAGUUGCAGCCAUUCAGAUGAAACCAUCACCAAUACCAUUUUGGAAUGACUGAUGAUGUCUUUUCCUGGCCUCUGAAUUAUGAAACUUGUUAUCAAUAACAAGUUACAAUAAGUGUUAUAAGCUACUGAAAUCGUGGCACUUGAUUGGCUGAGAGCAAAUUUGUCAUAGAAAUUUAGCAUUUGUUAUUGAUACCAAGUUUUAUGAAACGGGGGCCCUGGAUCUGAGCUUAAACCUUGCUCUGCUCCUCCAAGCUGCAGACAUGCAACAGAAAAAGUUCAACUACUUGUUCCAAAAUUCAUGUGAAGGAUUUUGAAAUUUAGGUCAUGUUCUAAACUAUAAUCCAUUGUUUUAAACCUCCACCUUGGAUGUACUAAAAUAAGCGCAAGUGUAUAUAUUGCUAUUCCUUAGACAUGUCAUGAAGGCACACAUGUACAAAACCUAUAGAGGUUCAAAUCAUGGCUUAUUAAAGUAAAACCAGCCUUCCAUGAAGUGGAGAAGUAUCAUUAUACCAGUACAGGUAUUUUCAAUCAUUUAUCAUCAAGUUUAUUUGCAUUGGUCGAGUCAUGUCCAUGUAUAUCGUCUGAAAAUUACAAUUAUGUACAGUUUUUCUUUCAUAUAUUUGCCUAAUAAAAGUCUUUAUUCUAAACCUCUAAAAGAAGGUAAUAAGUUUA